CCGCCUGUUGAUAUCAGUAGGAUUGUCUCGACCGUCGUGCUUUGUUGCCUCUCUCAAAAUGUACGCUGCUACCGCCCUCCGCGCCAGAAUGGCCACCUCCUUCGUUGCCCGUCGUGGCUUUUCCACCACCCGCGCCCAGCUUGGCAGCCCUUACCACUACGCCGAGGGUCCUCGCUCCAACAUCCCCUUCAACCCUCUGACCAAGUACUUCUUCUGGAGAUACUGGGCUUUCAUGGUUACCGGUUUCGGUGCUCCCUUCGCCAUUGCUGGUACGUUACCGUUCAUCCUGCGGAAGCCCACGUUCGCCUAUCUAACAUAUCUAUUCCUACAGUCUGGCAGACCUACAAGACCCGCUAAACGCUCUUCCGUGUUGUAUCUCCACACGCAAUGGCUUGGUUGGGCAUUGGGAAAUGGUCGAGAACGUAUCCUACGUCGGAAGUGCUCGGAAAUUGUGUAUAAAGCUAGAGAAUUUAUUGUGCUCUGAUUCAGGAGAUUCCGGGGCUGGUUUCACCCACAUAAAACUUGUAGUUGGGGUAGAAGCGCGGUGUGGUGGUGGUUGUCUGAUGCCUUAUUAGAAUAUGAAUGAAGUCAUUGGUCGAUUUUUUGUCAGUAGGAAAAUUAAAAUCUUUGGCUCGGCAUC